AUGAAUGUCGCAUUCGGUUGUACAUUAGCAAGAAAAACUGAAAUUGGUUAUCAUUACUGUCAAUUUCGUGGUUUAAUUUGUCCAAAACAAAAAACACUUCCGGAAAAUGAGAUGAAAGUAGAAUGUUGUUGUGAGGGUAAACAUUUAUGCAAUCAUGAUAUGUACUCAUAUCGUGCUUUCUAUUUACUGCCAAUUUAUAUGGAAGUUAGUUUUUCUUUAAUUUUAAUAAUUUAA